AUGGCAGAUAUGUCAAUACCAUUACAUUCAUUACGUUUCAACAAUAUGAUGAGGGAGGAAAAUGGUGACUCCCAAAAUAGGGGGGCAACUUUCUCCAGACCAAUGACAGAGACCAGAGCAGAGGUUCAAAUCCUGCAUUCUCAGUUGCAGUUGCCUAUAGUCUCUACUUCAGCCACAGAUCCCAGAGGGACAUCUACACAGCUGAUGACAUCCCCAGUCUUCAACAGUCUGUCUACACCUCUCAUGGGAGCACCAUACUCUGAGACAUUGUCCCCACCACUGAUGUCAGCCUCAGACACCGGGACACUGUCUCCACUGGUAAUGCCAACCUCAGAUUCAGGAACUCUGUCUCCACUUCUAAUGCCAGUUUCAGACUCUGGAGCACUGUCUCCACUGCUAAUGCCAACCUCAGAUUCUGGAACAUUGUCCCCAUUGUUGUCUACUUCAGACUAUGGGUUAAUGUCCCCAGGGAUGAUGACAAUUCCUGACUUUGGGACAAUGUCCACAGAACUAAUGGCAGCACCAGAUUCUGCAGAAGUAUCACCACUGGCAAUGCCAGUUCCAUCCUCUGGAGUAAUAUCUGCACCUAUAAUGAGCACUUCAUCUUCUGAGGCAUCGUUAGUGCUAGGAUCAGAUCCUGAUGAGAUAUCCGCACUUCCAGAUGUGAACCCUGGAGUGAUAUCCACAGAUCCAGGCUCUGAAGCAAUGUCCCCAUUGCAAAUUACAGAUGAGGACACAGAAGCAAUGUCCAAAGUGCUAAUGACUGCUCUAGCUUCUGGUGAGAUAUCAUCACUGCUAAUGUCAGGCACAGACUCUGAAGUGAUAUCCUCUCUAAUAAUGUCAGCCCUAGCUUCUGGAGAAACAUUAACCCAGCCAACAAACUCUCAAGACUCUGAAGGAAUACCCACUAUGCUUAUGUCAGGCUCAGACUCUGGAGUCAUGUCUUCAGUGACUAUGCCAGUGUCAGGCUCUGGAGCACAGUCCACAUCACUGCUGUCAAUUCCAGAUACUGAAGAAAUAUCCACAUUACCAAAGCUGGCCCCAGAUGCUGAGGCAAUGUCCCCACUGCUAAUGACAGCUCUCACCUCCACAGUGAUGCCUACUCCACUAAUGUCAGCAUGUAGUUCUGGAGUGAUGUCCCCAGAUAUAACACAAGAUAUCAACUCUGAGAUUGUGUCUGCUCCACCGAUAAGAGUCCCCACUACUGGACUGAUGUCCACAGUGCCGAUGAGGGCUUCUGAUACAGGGGCAAUGCCCAUACAACUAGUGAAAGUCCCUGCCUCAGGAAAUACAUCUACAUCACAAAAGACAGUUCCUGUCUCUGGAUCAAUGCCCACUCCGCUGAUGCCUGCCACAAGCCCUGGAGCAAUGUGCAUGGAACAAAUGUCAACCACAGCCUCUGGUUCAAUAUCUACACAUUUAACAAUGGCCAAAACACCUGGAUCAAUGCCCAUAGGCUUUAUGAAGGCCACAGCGAAUGGGGCAGUUUCUGCACAGCGAACGAGAGGUUCAGCUUUUGGGAUGAUGUCCACACAUCCAGUUAUAGCUACAGCCUCUGAAAUAAUGUCUGUGUCACAAUUAACAGUCCCAGCUUCUGGGUCAGCGUCCAUACAGAAAGUUCGAGCUCCUGUCUCUGGACCAAUGUCCACAUCACAAACAAGAACCACAGCCUCAGGGUUGACAUCCACACCACAAAUGAGAGCCAAAGCCUCUGGAGCAAUGUCUACCCCACUAAUGACUGCUGAAACCUCUGGAUCAGCAUCCCCACUGUUAAUGAGAGACACAGCCUCAGGAGUGAUAUCCAUGCCACAGAUGAGAGCUCCAGGCUCUGGAGCAUUGUCCAAGCCACUAAUGACAUCCAAAGCUUCUGGAAUGUUCAUGCAGCAAAUGACAACUGCAGCUUCUGGAGCAAUGCCCACAUUCCUAACGAGAGACACAGCUUCUGGAAUUCUGUCCAUACCACAGAUGACUGAUCCAGCCUCAGGAGGCAUGUCCACACUGCUAAUGAGAGACACAGCUUCUGCAACAAUGUCUACAUCACAGAUGGCAGCCACCACCUCUGGAGGCAUGUCAGUGCCUCUGACAAGAGUCCCAUGUCCUGGAGCAACAUCCAUAUCAUUAACGAGAGCCACAGCCUCUGAGAAGAUGCCUUGUCAGGCAAUAAAUACUCAAGACUCUGGAAAAGUAUCUACAUCACUCAUGAGACCUGUUACCUUGGGAGAGAUACAGAUGAGAUCCCAGGGCUCUGGGACAAUGUCCACACCCCUACUAAGAGCCUCAGACUCAUCGAAGAUGCCUACAUUGCUCAUAAAAGCCUCAUCUUCUGGAGAGCAUCCUCUGCUACUAAUGAGACCUCCAGCUUCUGGAGAGACAGUUCCACCUCCAAGAGUCCCAGUUUAUGGGACAUUAUCACCUACACACAUGACAGCCACAGCCUCAGGAAUGAUGCCCAUACUACCUAUGAAGGUUUCAGUCCCUGCAUCAGAGCCCACACCAGUCCUGAGACCCACAGAUUCUGGAGUGAUAUCCAUUCCACUGAUGAGGCCCCCAGUUUCUAGAGCAAAGUCCAUACCACAAAUGAUGGCCACAGCUUGUGGAGACAUGUGCCCACUCCCAGUGCGAGCUCCAGUGACUGCAGGGGUCUCUCCACCACCAGUCAGAGCAUCAGCCUCUUUGGCCAUGUCUACAACACUUAGGAGACCCUCUGAUGGAGCUGUGGCCACAGAAUUAGAGAGGGCUGUAGGCCCUGGAAUUAUGUCCACUGCACAAAUGGCAGCUAUGACCUCUGGAGAAAUGUCGAAGCCACUAAUGAGGGUUUCAGCCUCUGGAACCAUGCCCAUGCCUUUAGUGUCACCUAUGACUUCUGGAGAGAUGUCUAUGCCACUAAUGAAAACCAUGCCUUCUGGGACAAUGUCAACUCUACAAGCCAAAGUCAUGAGGUGUAGAGCUGCAUCCUUGACACAGCCAACAAUAACAACUUCUGAGGGACUAGCUAAUCCCCCAGAGAGAGCUCCAACCUCUGCAGCAGUGUCUACAUCACUUAUGAGAUCCUCAGGUUCAGGAAUGACAUCCAUACCACUACUGAGGGCUACGGCCUCAGGAGGGAUAUCCAUGCCUCAAAUGACAGCUCCAAUCUCUGGAGAGAUGUCUACACCACUAAUGAGGGUGCUGGCACCUGAAACAAUGUCCAGACAACAAACUACCUUUGGAAUGACACCCACUCUGAAUAUCAAAGCCACGGACUUGGGAGAGGGAUCUACCUCUCACAUUAGAGUCACAGCCCCUGGAUCAAAGAGCACACCACACAUGCCUGGCACAACCUCUGAAAUAAAGAACCCACCACCAAAGGAAGUGCCAUCCUUUGGUAUGUUGACCCCAGCACUUUGUUACCUCUUAGAAGAGCAAGAAGCAGCACGGGGCUCAUCCUCUGUGGAGGAAGAUGCAGAGGAGAUUGAUGAAGAGAAACAAAUGAAGGGGUUUCUGGAUGAUUCUGAGAAAAUGGCAUUUCUGGUGUCUCUUCAUCUGGGGGCAGCAGAGAGGUGGUCCGUCUUGCAGAUGGAGUUAGGAAACCACCUCUCCAGUGAAAAUAAAUCUUUCUUGAGAAGAUCACAGGGUUUGUAUGACUCCUUGUCUGAGAUAGACAUUCUAAGUGCUGUUCUUUGUCAUCCUAAGCAGGGUCAGAAGUCAGUCAGGCAGUAUGCCACUGACUUCCUGCUGCUGGCCCGACACUUGUCUUGGUCUGAUGCCAUUCUACGGACCAGGUUUCUGGAAGGACUCUCAGAAGCUGUUACCACCAAAAUGGGCCGUAUCUUCCUGAAGGUGGCCGGCAGCCUAAAGGAGCUGAUAGAUAGGUCUCUGUACACUGAGUGCCAGCUGGCUGGAGAGAAGGAUUCCUCAGGCAACUCAAACCAGGUUGUGCCAACAGCCUGUAAGAGGAACAAUGAGGAGGCCAUGGAGAAUGAACUGGACUCUCAGCAGCAGACUGAUGAGCACCAACAUGUUCCCAAACGCUGUUACUACUUGAAAGAACAUGGAGACCCCCAAGAAAGUCUUCAUGACCACCUUCGACAGAGUGCAGGCCAUCCGAAGGUGCCCACCAAUAAGUAG